AUGCACAAAACAAUAAAAGUGAUUAUCUUAAAGAACCAGAACAACUUCGACCUUUUUUUUUUAUAUCAUUCUUUCUUUCUUUCUUUCUUUCUUUCUUUCUUUCUUUCUCUCACUUUCGUUCUUUUGGUUUCUCUCGAUAUUUUCUUUUUUAAUUUGUUCUUGUCUAUUGAUCUUGUUUCUUCUUUUCUCUCUUUAAUAUUUGCCUCUCUCUCUUUCUCAUUUUUGUUAAUCUUUUAUCUUUUUGUCUGUUAUCGUUUUAAGUCCCCUCUCUCUCAGUUGCUUUUUUUUCCUUUUUGUUUACUUCAUUCUCUUUUGUUCUCUUCUGUCCCUCUUUUUCUCUUCUUUGUUCUCUUCUGCCUCUCUCUUUUUAUUCCCUUCUACCUCACUCUUUCUAUUUUUUGUUCUGCCUCUCUUUUUCUCUUGCGUGUUCUCUUCUUCCUCUCUCUCUAUUUUUGUUCACUUCUCCAUCUCUCUUUCUCUGUUCUCUUCUACCUCUUUUUCUCUUCUGUCAUUCUCUUUCUCUUUUUAAUGCCUUUCUGUCUCUCUUUUUCAUUUACGUGUUCUCUUCUACAUCUCUCUUUCUCCGUUUGUUCUCUUCUACUUCUCUCUUUCUCUUGUUUGUUCUCUUCUACUUCUCUUUUUCUCUUGUUUGUUCUCUUCUACUUCUCUUUCUCUUUUUUGUUCUCUUUUACCUCUCUCUUUCAUUGCCUUUUUUUUUCGUUUAUUUCUUUUAAUCUCUUCUCUCUUACUCUGUCGCUUGUUUUUAUUUCUUUGAUAUUUACGUCCCUUCUCUCAUUUCUUAUUUCUCUCUUUAUUUCUCUUUCUUAUUGUUUGUUUGUUUCUUUCUUUUUUGUUUCUUUCUUAGUCUGUGUUUGUCCCUACCAUUUAACUCUCCUCUCUUCUUUCUCAUUCUUUUUCGAUUAA